GCUUUCACCAUCAACAUGGCUGUGAGUCUGACAGACGUUUCUCUGCCUCAGUUAGAGACUUUUAAAGCGCAAAUGGACCAGGAGAUCGAGUUCCUGACCUCCUCCAUCGGGCAACUCAAAGGACAGACAAAGUUUGUGGAAGCGAAGGAGAGUCUUAGUGUUUUGAACCAAAACAAUAAAGGAAAGGAGUUGCUUGUUCCACUCACCAGUUCUAUGUAUGUCCCUGGAACACUGGAUGACGUUGAACAUGUUUUAGUCGAUGUCGGCACUGGGUAUUAUGUUGAAAAGAGUGUGGACGACGCGCAAGGGUUUCUUCAAACGUAAAUUGAUUUUAUUACAAAGCAGAUAGAGUCAAUUCAGCCGGCCUUACAAGAGAAACACACAAUCAGACAAGGUGUAACUGAAGUAAUGAACAUGAAGAUGCAGCAACUUCAACAGAGCCAACAAGGAGCACAAGUCAAGGCAUAAUAAAGACAUGUGAUUCUUGAAAGAGGAGAUAUCGAUGGGCUAGAUUUCUGUUUACUUUACUACACAUGAGGUCAUUAAGGCUGCGUUCACAUUUUCACUCAUGGGAAUUGGGACUAAACCCCACAAUGAAACCAAGACUUCAACUGGACUAACCCAUGUUUAGUACUACUACUACCAAGACAGUGAGGUGAAGUCACAUGAUCCCAGCCUAUUGUCAGUGUGACAAUAGGACAAACACAUCAGAAAUGGGACUAAACCCGGAACGAAACCAAGACUUCAACUGGACCAACCCAUGUUUACUCCUAUGAUCACCAAGACUUAAACAGGGCUCAAACCAGGACAAACACAUUGGAAUGGGGACUAAACCCGGAACAAAACCAAGUCUAAACCCAGAACAAAGCCAAGACUUCAACUUGACCAACCCAUGUUUACUACAACUACCACCAAGACUUAAACAGGGCUCAGACCAGGACGUGAACACAGCCUAGCAUAAAAGUUAGCUUGUUUCC